GGAGAUGACCACCACAGCGACACCGGGGAUCACAGCGGUAGCCAUAGCGACACCGGGGAUCACAGCGGUGACCACAGCAACACUGGGGAUCACAGCGGUGACCACAGCAACACUGGGGAUCACAGCGGUGACCACAGCAACACUGGGGAUCACANCAGCAACACUGGGGAUCACAGCGGUGACCACAGCAACACUGGGGAUCACAGCGGUGACCACAGCAACACUGGGGAUCACACCGGGGAUCACACCGGGGAUCACACAUCAGAUCAUCACGGGAGUACUGGGGAUCAUUCAUCAGACACACAUGGUACCACCGAGGAUCACAGCGGAGACCAAACCGGGGAUCACACCGGGGAUCAAACUGGGGAUCACAGUGGAGACCAUAGCGGGGAUCAAAGUGGAGACCAUAACGGGGAUCACAGCGGAGACCAUAGCGGGGAUCACAGCGGGG